UCUGGCCCAAUCUGGCAACACUUUCACGACGGGCCACCACAGCAGCAACAAACCAACAAUGUGACGGGAUGGUGGAGUUAACCUUCAGCAAUCUCAUAACACGUGUUUUAAUGAGUUUCCUCCUGGUUAAAAAAAAGCGAAUACAUGCUGGGAGACCAAAUUACAUAACUUGUUGGAGACCUAAACCGCAUUGGUCGUUUAACGCCAGUGAUCCGCGUGUGUUGGCUCCUCGUGAGGGCUGUCAACAUGGGAGGCUGCUCGGCCACAGGCUGUUCCAGUCGCAACGAGAAGGGGAAGAAAUUGCAUUGUUUUCCCCGAGAUCCUGUCAGAAGAGAGAUAUGGGAGAAAAUGGUUGGAAGGCGCAACUGGAAAGCCCACGACAGGUCGAGGCUCUGCGAGGUGAUCUGUCUCUACAGACUCCCUGGUCCCGACCCACACCUCUCUGACCACUUCGAGGAGUCGCAGUACGAGUCCAGGCGCAUGGACAACCUAAGGAAGUUGAAGCCCAAUGCAAUUCCAACCAAGUUCAACCACUUUAAGAAAAACAAGACGCUACGACAAAUAGUGGAGAAUCUGACGAAAACACUAGUUCACUCCCCUCUGCCAGAAAGACACAGUGUUGAACACUCCUAUAGCCAGAGUUCAGAGAAGGGGCCCACAGAGAAAGAAGAUAAUGGGUACCAUUUCAAUACGGACGAUGGCCCAGGUGAUGCAAUACUAAAACCAGAGAACUUUGGACUGCCUCUACAUUGUGUUUUUCUACGACCACUCGACACUGAGGACCUACCCCCGGCCCUGUGCGAGCCCUCACCAGAGCCGCCAUCAGAACAACCAAAGGAGAACGGCCAAUCCACGGCAAACACAAACACUUAUUUGCCCGGUUGUGAGGUUGCACAUUUGAAGGACGCCAUGAGAAAGAAGGACGAGCGAAUCGGGAUUCUCCUCCGGGCAGUGGUGACCGAGCGGCGGGAGAAACACAGGCUGGAGCGGGAGAAGCAGAACCUGGUGCAGAACAUUGAGAAGGUGUUCAACACCAAUCAGCUGGCCAGGCUCGGCCGGAAGAGUGGCCGAGGCGUCAAGUGGUCGAGUGAGACCAUGGAGAAGGCCCGGCAGCUCAGGGCGGCGUGCGGGGUCAAGGGGUACAUGAUGCUCAGGGCACAGAAUCAGCCUCUGCCGUCGUUACGCUGCCUCAGGAAGCUGACCCCCCUGAGGAGGAACGGACUGGACAGGGGGCCACGGCGGACCACAGGAGGGGGGGACAGUUAACAAGCCACCAUUGGUGCAAAGGGUGCCUAUGCUGCAAAGUCAACGCCAUAGAAUGGCUCCGUCGUAGGGGGGAUGAGCGUUUCCCGUAUUAGGGCUGGGCAAAAUGAAGUAUUUAUCAUUGAAAAGAAUUCUAGCAUUUCACAUGGUUUCAGUAUUUCUGAAUAGCUGCUCUUGAAAAUAAAAAACAUAUCACAUCGUAAAUAAUUAAAUUCAAGUUUGGAAUAAGAAUGUGAUAUAAUAACCGAUGACCGAUUUUUUAAUUAAUUAGGGUUAGGAAUUUUAGGACAUGCCUAAGGCUCUCAUCAAAAUGUACUGUAAAAAUGUAUAUCAUCAUUGUUAGUUUGGGUCUGUAUGAUGCCAAUCAAAUAUGGAAAGAUAAUAUAAAAUAAUAGCCUUGCCCUUAAUCAGAAAAUAGCUGCCUUACAGUGCAAGACUUUCAGUUGUCCCUAAACCAUGGGGUCUGUGCCUAGCCGACAGAUACAAGUCCACACCAAGACGCAAGUUACAUUUUGUUGGGGUUAGUAUAUGUUUCCUCACUUUGCUUGACAAUAUCCCAUAGGCAAUAUGUUAAGGUGAAUUAAGAUGAACAGAUAUGCAUUGUGGAUCCAAUGUUGGAUGUCAUUUUUGCCUUAGAAUAAAAUGUGGCCUAUA